AUGAAAUCGCUGGAGAAUGUCGAACGAGCGAACCAGUUUUGUAAUGAAAAGAUCGAAGACUUACCCAUCUUCCCGUACGAGGAAGAUGAGGCGGGCCCAGAACCGGAGGAAAUUCCUGUGGUAUUGCGAAAGAAGCGUAGGUCGGCCUCGAAAAAGGGCAAGAAAAGGCACAAUGAUGCGGGUCAGAAGGAAUCGGCCCAGGAUAUGUUUCUCCGAUUGAUGAACCUAGCCGAGGCAGGGCAGGAAGUGGUGGAAGACGACGAAGAUGGUGAGGACGAUGAUGGCGAGGAGCAGGACUUUGAGCGAACCGGCACCGGGAACGACAAUGCCGAGGGCGAGUACAGCGAGAACGAAAGUGCAAGUGAGCUGAGUGAGGAGGAGCUGGAAUGUUUGGAGUUGGCCGUAAUGGACGAACGUGCCGAAUCGUCGGUCACGCAGCAACGCCUCGAAGGACCGGAUGCAUCGUCACACCCCGACGCCGACCGGGAGCUAUCGAGUGAGGAGCUGUUCCAACGGAAACGGGAAGCACGUUUGCAAAGAAUGGCCGAACUCAAUUCCAGGUUGGACCGAUACUCGUCACCAACGCCGUCGGCAUCUCCUGCGGAAGAUCCACAAGCAGCACAGCACGAAGGAACGGGCAGCACCGGAGAUAAACCCGACGACCAGGUAGUGCUGAGCGAGGACGAACAGAAAUACCUGCAGAGACGGGCCGAGCGGCUGGAGCGGCUCGAGCGCGAAGCGAAGGAGUUCCGCAAUAGGCUUUCGAAAACGGUCCACCGGGGUAGCGAAAUAGCGGCACAGAUCGAUGAGAUCCACAACGGGUUCAUGGCGCGGCAAUCGGAACCAUCUCCCGUGCCCGGUUGCUCAGGUGAGGCACAAACGAGCCCCACGGUCGAUCUGUCCAGUCUCACCGACAAAGAACGAGAGUACACGUCGGCACGGGCUGAGCGGCUUGAACGGCUCGAGAACGAAAGUCAAAAGUUGCUGAGGCAAAUGAAUCAAACAAUGCGUCGGGGCAGUAGUCUCACGACGAAGCUUGACAUGCUGCACAGUCGGUACGGUUCCCCGGCGACUAAUGAACCGGAAGCAAGCGUCGAAACCAACGGCUCAGAACAAACGAAGCCGGGCGAUGAAUCUGUACCAAUAGAGCCUUGCGCACCAGCAGCGGUGGAGUUGCCAGUUCAGCAGGAAAGCGCCGUGGAGCAGGAGCCCCAAGAUUACACCGUAGCUGGACCUUACAUGCCCAUGGGACCAAUAGAGCUAGUGCUUGUGUCCGACGAGCCCCGUUUAACUCGUUUAAAAAACCAUAUCGCAAAGUUUUGA